GCCCCCGGAUCACCUCAAUUGCUGGAUUCGCGCAUCGUCAGUUCAGGUGAUCUGUUCCAGUGAAGUGUGCGUGUGUGCGCGACAAAUAUGGUUCUGAGCGCGGCGAAGAAGAAGUGGCUGAUCUUUGGUGGCGGAGCUCUGGUGCUCGUGGUGGCGCUAGCCAUCGCCCUGCCACUCACAGUGGGCAAGAGUGUGGGCAACAGUGAGCAAUCGGACACAUUCCGCGGCAGCAGUGUCCUGGACGAGGUGCCACUCAUCGAUGGCCACAACGAUCUGCCAUACAAUCUCUACAGCAUCGAGCAGAACCAACUGGCGAACUUCAACUUCGACUCCGAUCUGAGAUUGCAUCCCGUGUGGGGCCCUCGCUCGACCAGUCACACGGAUCUGCCUAGGCUGCGCACUGGCAAGGUGGGCGGACAGUUCUGGGUGGCAUAUGUGAGCUGUGGGACGCAGCACAAGGACGCCGUGGAGAGAACCAUGGCGCAAAUUGACGUGAUCAAGCGCCUCAUCAAGAAGUACCCCAACGAUCUGCAGUACGCCACAACGGCGGACGAGAUCGAAGCGGCCUUCAAGGCGGGAAAGAUCGCCAGUCUGAUUUGCGUCGAAGGCGGACACUCGAUUGAUGAUCGUCUCUCGGUUCUUCGUCUUUACUACGAACUGGGCGUUCGCUACAUGACUCUGACGCACAGUUGCAAUCAACCCUGGGUCGAUGCAUCGCCAAUCGACGACACAACCGUUGAGAAACGCAAUCUUACAGACUUUGGCGUGAAGGUUGUGUGGGAGAUGAACAGACUGGGAAUGAUGGUGGAUCUGUCCCACGUGAGCGCAGGUGUGAUGCAUCACGCCCUGGAUGUGUCCAGAGCUCCAGUGAUCUUCAGUCACUCCUCUGCACACGCGAUGUACGCUCACCAUCGCAAUGCCAAGGACGAUGUCUUGCUGAAAUUGCGCGAAAACCGCGGAAUCAUCAUGGUGAACUUCUACUCGCUUUACGUGGGCGGAUCGCAAGCGACCAUUGACGAUGUUAUCAGACACAUUAACCAUAUCAGGGACGUGGCUGGUGUGGAUCACGUCGGAAUUGGUGGAGAUUACGAUGGCGUAAACAGGCAACCAAUUGGACUUGAAGAUGUGUCCAUGUAUCCUGAUCUGUUUGAUAAGCUAGCUCAGCCAGAUCAUGGCUUCGAGCCCUGGACUCCGGAGGAACUGAAGAAGCUCGCUGGAUUGAACUUGCUUCGAGUUAUGCGUGAAGUUGAGCAAGUCGCUGCAGGACUCUCAAACGAAGAUCCUUACGAAGUCAACAUUCCCGAUGAAGAUAUUCACGCCUUCGAUCCUAAUCAAUCCUGCAAAACUGACUUCACUUACACACCAACUAAUAUGGAGAUUUGAAGAUGCAAUAAACCUCUCU